AUGUCUGGCCAUAUAGGACGACGGCUGCUCUCGACACUGCGCACCGGCAUCAGCUUCCAGUCCAACUUCAUCCAGCCCAGCCGGCAAGGUGCUCUCGGUGCCUUUACAGAGAGCUGCCAUGGCCCGACAUCCAGCUUCAAUCUGUUUCGGAAUAGAACGAUACGGCGUUUCUCCUACUCGAAGCCAAAGAAUGUGAGGAAAAUAAGUCGUCAGUUUGCGUCCGGAGGACUGUUGGUGGUUGGUACAACGUCAACGAGGAGUGCAGCUACGGUCGAGACGGGAGCAGCAGCCUGUGUGGUUGCAUCCGCUGAGAAGAGUGUUUAUCAUGGUAGCAGGAGGUUUGGGAAUGCGCUGGGGCUUCAGAGUGCCGCCAGUUGGGGAUGGAGGCGAUGUCUGCAUACAUCCAAGGGGGGAGAGGUAGGAGGCGAAAAGGACCAUGCAGUGGAGUCUAGCAGACAGCAGCCUUCACAGCCAUCCAGCGUACAGGGAGACGCAGUGAAGCCAGAGCCUGGAUCAGUACCGCCCUCUGGGCCGCCAAAGACCGAUGGUGGACACGGUCGGUACCAUCUGAUGGAUCGGCUGCCACAUAUGCAUCGACCCACGAAGGAAGAGCUUCUAGCUGCAGCCACAGGCUUCUGGUCCAGAUUAAAAGUUCGGUUCAAGUGGUUUUCUAUCAGGAGCGCCCGGCCAUUCAACGUUGACGAGAUUGGUACUUUUUUCUCCUGGGUCCUGCUCGGACAUGUGCUGUGGGUUAUACUGGGGACAACUACCUUCUUCUCCCUCAUAAUAUUUACUAUUAACACUGUUUUUGCGCAAGAAACCCUUGCAAGAUGGAUUGGUAACUACCUAACACGGUCUUCGGGAGUAAAAGUCGUUUUCGAAUCUGCGAUUGUGCCCAAAUGGGGUGACGGAGUGAUUACUUUCAAGAACGUUUUUGUAUCUCGCAGGCCAGGACAGGGAAAAGGGAAUGUGAGCAAAGGGUCGUCAAAGACAGCUGCGGCGGCCGCAUUCCAGGAAAUGGACCACAUGCGCCAACAAAACGAUGAUGAGACAGAGGACUCCAAUUAUACACAAUUUGAUGUUUCUAUAGACACGGUCAACGUGACGCUCUCCUUCACCAAAUGGUUCAACAGCCACGGCCUGCUAAAGGAUGUGCACGUCAAGGGCAUCCGGGGUAUUGUUGACCGAACACACGUCAAGUGGACUGAGGCUGAUGCCCAGAUCGACCCUAAAUCCUACCGGGUAGAACAUAACCCAGGCGACUUUGAGCUAGAUUCGUUCAAGAUGGAAGACGUACUAGUCACCAUCUACCAGCCGAACAACUUCCGACCCUUCACCCUCAGUAUCUUCUCCUGCGAUCUACCACGACUACGACGACAAUGGCUCUUCUACGACUUUAUGUCCGCGAACAUAAUGUCUGGCUCGUACGACAACUCACUCUUCACCAUCCACCCGCGCCAGACACAUCGAUACACGGGAGCCCAGCUACAGGAUGGUCUGGAAGAAGACGGCAGCCCAAGUCCGUGGAAGAAGCACAAUCGCAUCCGCAUCGACGGGCUGAACAUCGACCAUCUCAACACAGGCGUCGAAGGUCCGUUCUCAUGGAUUCACGAGGGAACCGUCGAUAUCGUGGCCGAUCUCAUGCUUCCAGCCGAGACUGACGAGAGCUUGGGCAAAGUCAUGUCCGAUUUCUAUGACAGGAUGGAAGCCACUGUUACCUCUGACAGGUACCAGCCUAAUGACAGCACGCUGGCCCAUAGUAAAGACGAUAAGCGAUUCGUGGUCACUGACCUGCGUAUACAUCUGAACAACGUUCGAGCAGUAGUUCCCAUCUUCAACCGAGAUCUAUCGUACGUCAACAAUGCGCUUAUCCGGCCCAUUGUAGCAUACAUCAACAGUCGUCGAACCUUUAUACCUAUCCAGUGUCGGCUCGUCAAACGAGCCAGCGACUUUGACGGCAGCUGGACGAUCUUUGACAGCGGAUUGAUGGACGAUCUAUCCGCCGAGACGUACGAUGCCUUUGCGCGAGACGUUGUCGACGAGCAGGCUCGAACACGGCGUUUCAAGAAGGUCGGGCUAUGGUCUCUCCAGCUCGCCGCGCAGGCCAUCUUCAUGGGCAUGGCUGGUAAUAUAAUCUAG